GGACAAAAGAUUCACACAGACUCACUGAAAAGCGACGCAACUGACUUCCAUCAUGGAAACUCCUUGUGAUGUGCUGUUCCACCUGGGAGACCGCGACUACUGCGGAGUGUCUGCACGCAGGCCAGGAAGAUCCAGGCGGCCUGCCUCCUGCAGACAGUGUCCGUGCUGCAGGGAUGACCAGACUUCUCCAGGUGCCAACUUCAGAGCUGAAGCACCAGCCCUCUGCUUUGGCUGCCAACGCUCCCCAGAAGAGGAAGCGGACCUCCGUGGCUAGUCCCUCUGAAACUCCACAGGGGGUCAAUUCUUUUCCCACUCCUGAGCCCUUCACUUCAGCUGAUGACAUGCUGUCUUUGUUAAAUCUAGUCCCCAGGCCUUCUGCCACCAUCUCACCAGCCGACCUGCCGGUGUGCUCUGAUGUGGCCCCCAGCCCCCAGCCCUCUACUGCUCCGCUGUGCGACGACGGCCCUCUGAUGAUCCACAACCGCCCCGUGGAAGAGUACCAGAGGAUCUACCACAAAGUCGUGGAUGACAUGCUGAGGUACAACGAUGGCCGACUGCGUCCGUACAGUCUGGCACUGGGACGUCGCAGCCUCUGCCAACAACCUGCAGCUGCUGCCUCCACCUGCAGACAGCUGAAGCCGAACCUCCAUCUAUGGUCAUCUAUGGCGCAAUCUCCAUGUACUGCCUCCAUUCUGGCAGACAGCUGUGGCCACAGCUCCAUCUAUGGUCUCUAAAGUGUCCUGC